AUGCCCGGCAAAACUAACGGCAUCGGCAUUCAGGUGGAGGACACCAAGAUAUGUGUCGUCAUGGUCGGUUUGCCUGCCAGAGGCAAGAGCUUCAUCGCCCAGAAAGCGCAACGGUAUCUGGGAUGGCUCUCAAUCAAAGCCAAGACCUUCAAUGUCGGCAGCUACCGCCGCCAGGAGGAUGCCCACCCCUCUGCUGACUUUUUUGACUUCCACAACACCGAGGGUGAGCGGAGACGCCGCGCCGCUGCUGAGAAGGCCAUCGAAGACAUGCUGGCCUGGUUCCGCCAGGGCGGUGUCAUUGGCAUCCUGGAUGCCACUAACUCCACCAAGGAGCGCCGCAAGUGGGUUCUUGACAUCUGCAACAAGGAGGGCAUCGAGGUCCUCUUCGUCGAGAGCAAAUGUGACGAUGAAAGCAUGAUCAUGGCCAACAUUCGCGAUGUCAAGCUUACCUCGCCCGACUACCAGGGCCAAGACCCUGAGGAGGCUGCUCUCGACUUUCGCAACCGCAUUCGCAACUAUGAGAAGGUCUACAAGUCGCUCGACGAGGAUGGCGAUGAGAACGAGUACACUUACCUCAAGAUCAUGGACGUCGGCAAGCAGGUUAUCAUCAACCGCAUCCAGGACUAUCUCCAAAGUCGUGUCGUUUACUACCUCAUGAACCUUCACAUCCGGCCUCGCUCUAUUUGGCUGUCGAGACACGGAGAGUCCAUGUACAACCUUGAUGGCCGUAUUGGUGGUGAUACUAUGCUCUCACCCCGCGGUGAGCAGUACGCCAGAAAGCUCCCUGAGCUUGUCAGGAAGUCAGUCGGCGAUGACCGCCCUCUUACUGUCUGGACCUCGACGCUCAAGCGAACCAUCGCCACCUCCCGCUUCCUUCCCCCCGACUACAACCAGCUGCAAUGGAAGGCACUUGAUGAGCUCGAUUCUGGUGUCUGCGACGGCCUGACCUACCAAGAGAUCAAGGAUCGCUUCCCUGAGGACUUUGCUGCCCGCGAUGAGGACAAGUACAACUACCGCUACCGCGGUGGCGAGUCGUACCGCGACGUUGUUAUCCGCCUUGAGCCCAUCAUUAUGGAGCUCGAGCGCAGCGAAGACAUUCUCAUUGUUACUCACCAGGCCGUCCUCCGAUGCAUCUACGCCUACUUCAUGAACAAGAGCCAGGCCGACAGCCCAUGGAUGAACGUGCCUCUGCACACCCUCAUCAAGCUCACCCCCCGCGCCUACGGAACCGAGGAGGUGCGCUACGAGGCUAACAUCCCCGCCGUUAGCACCUGGCGCGGCAAGGGAUCCACGGCAAAGCACGAGAACCCCACGGCGGAGUGUAUGUGA